AUGACGCCCACCAUUUGCAACAUCGCGGUUGGCAGGACCCUGGUGGACGGCGGAGCAGGCCUCAACCUGCUGUCGCCAGAAGUGUUUCGCAGGAUGCAGAUCGGGGAGCGCAAGCUCACCCCUUCUGCCCUGCUCUGCGGUGUGACCGACGGGAAGACCGUCCCGUUGGGGCAGAUCGAGCUGCCUAUCACAUUCGGCGGAAGGGACAACUUCCGCCCGGAGAACAUCACGUUCGACGUGGCGCAUUUCGACCUCCUCUACAACGCCAUACUUGGGCGCCCAGCACUCGCCAAGUUCAUGGCCACGGUCCACUACGCCAACAACACCCUCAAGCUCCUCGGCCCGGCCGGGGUCAUCUCCAUCAAGGCUGACGUGAAGGGCUCGGUGCACUGCGUCGAGCGGCUCUAUGAGGUGGUGGCGACCGCGUCUUCCGACGACGUGGAACACCCCGAGCCGUCCACCCAUCCGUCGACGAAGCAGCGUCUAUCUCCCGACAGCUGCGCCCUCACCAAGACGAUCUGUCUUGGGGACGACACCGAGAAGACUGUCACCAUAGGGGCAGAGCUAGGGGACAAAUAG